GGCUGUAAGAGGAAGUGACGUACGUUUCGCGCCUGCGCAGUACAAACCGUGUUUCCGGGACUGUUAAGGUAGACAAGUGCUGGAUACAGGUAACUUCAGGACACACACUCUCAGCAGGUAUUUCUUUUUUAUCUGGUAAGCCCGUCCAUCAAAAUUUUCACGAAUUCGUCCGUUCUCAUUAUGAAUUAAUCGGGAAAACACAGCUUUGUAUCUGUCUGGAAACUUUGAACGCUUUGACUAAAGUGAUGCAACAUGGCAGCAACUCCUCUCAGUCGGUGUUUUUUGACAGCUCUGCGGAGACACGCUCAGUGUCCGAGCCGUGGACUGAACUCUUUAGCUGAAAGGACAGCCAGCAGAGUGUCCUCCUCUGGGGGAAACACAAGCCUGAGUCCGGAACCUUCUGUGGAGAGGGACAGACACAGUGGAGGGGACAGUAACCGCCCUCCUGUGCUGAAGACGGUCUCCGUGGGUUUGGGACUCUGUGGGGCUGCGUUUCUGGACUAUCAAAGAGAUGAAACAUCCACGGACAGAGGAGUUUCCGUACCUGGCUGGAUCUUGGAGCUACUUUUCCCAUCAGCCCAGUGUGCCUCUCCCUUUAAACCCGACAGUCCACGCUUUAAAUACAACUUUAUUGCAGACGUGGUGGAAAAAUCCUCUCCAGCUGUCGUGUAUAUUGAAAUCGUGGGCAGGUGAGUUGACUCAUCAGGUGUCACGUGGAGUGAUUGACAUGUUUACCUGACCCAAAUAAGGACUCUAUAGUCUUGAAUCUGUUUACGAAAGUAGAUUUUACUGAAGUUUAACCCACUGUGAGGACUUUUUGGCAGUUUAUGAAACAUAACAACACUGAUUCUGGAGUAUCGGCAUGAUAUGCAAAAAAAAAAUAAUAAUAUCAACAACAAGAUUAUAAUUUCCCUGGAAACAGUCAAACUCAGGAUGUGAAACAGGAGAAAAUAAGGAACUGUUUCUCAUGAAGUUGUGGUUCCUGAGUACAUUUUUGUUCCUGAUCCUGUUUAUUCUGUGAGAUUGAUAACACCAACCAUGAGACUUUCUAUUGCCUUAAAUUGACCCCCAGGAGCCUCAAAACACUUCACUGUAUCUGUAAGACAUCUGCUUUGUGGUAACAAAAUGAAAUGUGCCUCUGUUAAAUAUAUAAGCACCCAAAUCAAAUGUCCCUGAUCUUGUUGAAGCUGUUUCCUAAAUAAGUAUUUGAUGUUUCUUUUUGUGUGUAUUAUUUAUUAAGACUGGCUGCUUUCUUAUCUUUCAGACACCCGUUUUCAGGAAGGGAAGUCCCAGUGUCCAAUGGCUCUGGUUUUAUCAUCAGCAGUGAUGGUCUCAUCGUCACCAACGCUCAUGUUGUGGCCAACAAGAGAGGCGUCCGUGUGAAGCUCACCAACGGAGAAACAUACAAUGCCACCGUGCAGGAUGUGGAUCCUGUUGCUGACAUUGCUACUAUCAAAAUCACGGCAAGGGUGAGCACUAAACAGCAAUAAUCUCAACCUGGAUCUGAAUCAGCUUCAGAGGAACGCUUUUUAGCACGUCAUUAGCAAAAUGAAAAACUUGAAUUGUGUGAAGUUAUGACACACACCAAGUAAGCGCAAACUGCUAAACUUCUUUUUCUCUCCCUGUCAUGCAGAACCCUUUACCCACGAUCACUCUAGGCCGCUCGUCAGACAUUCGACAAGGAGAGUUUGUGGUUGCCAUGGGAAGCCCGUUUGCUUUGAGAAAUACUAUCACCUCAGGAAUCGUCAGCUCGGUGCAGAGAGGCAGCAAAGAACUGGGCUUGUCUAACCCCAACAUGGAGUACAUCCAGACAGACGCAGCCAUAGAUGUGAGUUUUCUGCAGCAGCUUUAACCUUGAAUACUCCUGAUUACAUUUCUAAAUAAAGACAUUAUCAGUUUGCAUUCAAAACUGGAAAAUCUGCUGAUGGCAGUAUGCAGAGAACACGUGUUUAGAUAAAUGUAAAAGCUGAUGUUUUUCCCUAAUGCCGUUUUUGUUUUGCAGUUUGGAAACUCUGGAGGCCCCCUGAUUAACUUGGUGAGUCACAGAUUUGGUUUGAAUAUUAAUCAUCACAAUCAUCACCAAACAGGUUUAUACUGCAGUAGCUUUAAACAUUGUUACAAACAGCAGAUUUAAAGAUUGUUUGAGGCUUUGUGGUCUUACAUCAUAUGAAGAUCCCCAGGUUUUUAUCACAAAUCACAGAAUUUUGUGUCCGCAAAACUGAUGAAAUCCCAGCUAUCAGGAGAGCUGUCGAUGUUUAGUGACUCAAAGGGAUGUGACUGGACUGUGGUUGCAAAACAACACAUGAACGCACAAAAUCCUCUCUGAUUUGGUAUCAUUUCUCCAAUUAGGAUGGUGAGGUAAUUGGUAUUAACACCAUGAAGGUCACUGCAGGGAUCUCCUUUGCCAUUCCAUCUGAUCGCCUCCGACUUUUUCUCGAUCAAGCAGCAAAGAAAAAGGGUAAGGAUCCACUUACUGGCUUAUGGCAGUUUUCUCUGUAGAAUCCAACUCUUAUGACAGAAAUUUGUCUUGUGCAUCUUUAUAUAAGCCUCUUGGUUCGGCGAGUCAGAGACAAAGCGGCGCUACAUUGGUGUGAUGAUGCUGACACUGACGCAGAGGUAAAUGCUGGACAACAAGAAUUUCCUGAAUUGAAAUACAGUGUAGUGACAUCAGAACUGGCACCGAUAAAACAAGCUGUUUUGCUGAAUCGUUUUCCUCCACAGCAUCAUCGCAGAGUUGAAGUUGAGGGAUCCAUCCUUCCCAGACGUGUCGCAUGGCAUCCUGAUCCACAGAGUGAUCAUGGGUUCCCCUGCUGACAGGUAAAAACCUUAAGAUGAAUGACUGAGGUCGUCUCUUGCUGUUGAAAUUUUGAAGUGUUAAAGGUCAUUUCCGCUCUGCCAGUAAUAUAAACGGAUCCUGCACAGCUAAUCCAGAAGUAUAGUUUACAGACACAGCAAUACUAACAUAGGAUGUGUUAAGUUUUGUUUUGUUAGAAUUACCUAAAUGAAACCCGGUAUUUUCACAUUUUGACUGUUUUUGAAAUAAAAUGUAAGACAUAUUUUUUUGUCUGUGUUUCAGAGCGGGUAUGCGCUCAGGAGACAUUGUGUUGGAGAUUAAUGGAGUGAAAGUGAAUACCUCAGAGGAGAUCUACCAGGCUGUCCGCAGCAGCGAUAAAAUCACCAUGGUGGUGCAGAGAGGAAACGAGCUGACUCGCCUGCACAUGACUCCAGAGUACACUGAGUGACACCUAGCAGACGGAUUCACUUCUUCUGGGUGCAUGAACUUCUGGGAGAGGAAAACUGUGAAACCUAAUAGUGGCGGCACAAGGAUGAAAAUGUCUGAAAAACAGUUAUACACGGGCAGGUUUUGUUGCACAGAGCUCCAGUAUUUGUUGCCUUUGUUGAAUAUUUGUUGACACUGAAAAGGAAAAGAAUUGAAAAAGAAUAAAAGGAGUUUAAAGUGGUGGAGGUUUUAAGCCAUUUUUAUCACUUCAUAUUUUAACAGUUAAAUUUUUACCUCUGAGCGGUUUGUUAUGUCACAAUGGCUUUAGUGUUAUUUUUUUAUAAUGAACCCCAUGAACUUGUCAGCGUUAAAAGAUUUUGAUGGAAUUAUGCUCUGGUAUUUAUUCCCAGGUUAUUUCUGAGAACAAUAAACAAAAUGUGUCUUCUACCUCUCAUA